GAAGGAGAAACCGGGGACAUCCGGAAAAGCCUUGUGUACAAGAACCUCCCUAGAGAACUUGAAAUGCAGAUCCUUUACCCAAGCCACAAAAGCACAUGAAGCACAUGGAGCGGGAGCUCUCAUGAGCAACAGUCAUUGCCUUGCCCAGCUGAAUCAGCAAACAAAGGAGAAAACUGAAGAGUUCUGUGGGAAAUUCUAACCUGAAAUGAAAAACAAAUCCAUGACUGGCAGAGGAAGCUGAAACAGAGAUUGGACGUGUGGAAAAAUUGCUUUGUGCUUCUAGACAAUGUAAUUCAUGUUGCAGUUGGGACAGAAGAAUAUCAACAGCCAGCAGAUAUUGGAUAUGGCACGUGGUCCUUCUGGAUCAAGGGAAAGUGCUGAAAAGAAAAAAUGUUGAUAGUAAAUUAUUGGAAAGUGCAAAGAAAGCCCUCGAGAAAAAUGGCCAAAGAAGUGAAAAAUGAUGCAGGGUGAGGUAAUAGACACAUGCCUGGAAGCCUUGUGGUUAAACUGGAAACUUCUUCUAUGCUGGAAAGUUACAGAGCCUUUAGAAAAUAUAAACAUCAGGAAAACUUCUGAACUGCAAAUGGAGCCAUGAAGAGCAAAGGCAGAGGGCUCAUUACCACAAUGGAACCAAAAAAAGAGCUUGGUGGUGCAUUUCAAAGAACUUGUGACCAGGCUCAGCUUUAACACAUUUCAAAGUAACUGGGGAACCUGAAAAUUUUGCCCUUUUUUUUAAUGGUAAGAGCAGCAAUCAAAAGCACGGGCCAAAGUGAUCAUGCUGAAAAACAUAGAGCCAGCAAAGAGCGACAGGAGAAAAGCCUCAAGAAAUGGGGAAGAAGUAAAUUAUUAACUGGGAAGAACUGUCUGAGCCUAAAGAAUGAGAAUGUGGUCCGUGAGUUUAUACCUGUGGUAAAGAUCCCACACACUGGAGAGGUGUCCUUGCUUUGUGCUGCAAAAAGUCUUCUCCACAGGGUGAAAGAUGCUGUGACUGUAGAAUCUGAAGGAACACAAGCUGGAUAUGGAUUGUGUAGAGACUGGCUGAUCACACUGCAAAUUACCACAGAGUGACCGUUCUCUGUGAGAGGCAUUGAUUUAAUUGACCUCCAAGAGUCAUCACUUGGAUGGAGACACUUCCACGGUGGGGCACGCUUGGGAUCUGCAAAGUCCCAGGAAGAAACAUCAGAAACGUGCCCAGAGUGCUCAGUGAGGCUUACUCUGGGUAUCAAGCCAGGGAUUCCUGUCCAAACUAAGGUAAAUGUCAUUAUUGGAGGUCAAGUGAAGAUUCAGGCUCAGGAAAAUGCACUUUGAAGAUAUAAAAAAUUUAGCAGUUAAUCUUUUUCCUGGAGCCAGCGCUUGCUACAUCACAUCCAUUCCCGGUGCUGUCAAUCAUUAUCCAGCCAGCAUAUUGUUCAGAAGGUGGAGCUGUCAGGCAGAAGGAAUGAAAGGAAGCGACACCGGGAUUGGCCAUGCACUGGCCAAAUACCUGGACAGCUUAGGCUUUGUUGUGUUUGCUGGAGUUUUGGAUAAGGAUGGACCUGGAGCUGAGGAACUGCAGCGGAGCUGCUCUGGGAGGCUCUCUCUCCUUCAGCUGGAUAUAACCAAUGCCACUCAAGUCAAGGAAGCCUAUCUGAAAGUCUCAGAGAAGGUGCAAAGUGCAGGCCUCUGGGGUGUUGUGAACAAUGCAGGCAUCCUGGGCUUCCCUGCUGAUGGUGAGCUGCUCCCCAUGAGCAACUACAGGCAGUGCAUGGAGGUGAAUUUCUUUGGGGCCGUGGAGGUGUCCAAGACCUUCUUACCGUUACUUCGGAAGUCGCAGGGGAGGCUGGUGAACAUGUCCAGCAUGGCAGGAGGCAUUCCACUACCGAGGUAUGCUGCAUACGGUGCAUCAAAAGCAGCUCUGUCCAUGUUUUCUGGAGUAAUGAGGCAAGAGCUUUCCAAAUGGGGAAUUAAAGUUGCUGCAAUUCAUCCAUCAGGCUUCAGAACAGGUAUACAAGGCACAUCUGACCUGUGGGAUAAGCAGGAAAAGGAGCUGAUGGAGAACCUGCCAGCAGACACGAGGCAGGCCUAUGGUGAGGACUAUCUCCUGGGGCUGAGGAGCUACCUCCUCCACAUGCCCAGCUGCUGUGACCCCGACCUGUCCCCUGUGCUGGGCGAUGUCCUGCACGCUCUGCUGGCCAGGAGACCCCAUGGGCUCUACACCCCUGGCAAGGGGGCCUAUGUGCUCCUCUGCUUCUUCUGCUGCUUCCCCCUCUGGUGCUAUGACUUCUUCAUUAGCAAGAUGCUGAGUGCUGAGGCUGUUCCAAGGGAGCAGGGAACAUCAGAAGAUGAGAGCAAAAACCUCUGAGGUGUCUACCAGCACUUGUCUCGCUUGAUGAGACAGCUGA